UUUAAUUUAAUUUAAUUUAGUUUAAUUUAAUUUAGUUUUAAGUUUACAUGAAUGUAUGUGAACAAAGGCAGCCUGGAUCUAGAGUCUGGGUUGUGUCCAGACGGUUGAAGCGUAUACCAGAUUGUCCCUUUGGGAAGUCUACAUUGCUUUGGUGGUGCUUUCUGGUAGCAGGGUUUGAUUAUCCUUGUAUGAGUCAGUCUCUUCAAGUGCAAGCAAUCAUAUGGGUCUUAGAUAAAUAUUUCAUAUCCAGGAGAGGCUUUAGGUUUUCUUGCAGUGCAUUUGGAAUGAUAAAGGCAGUGGCAUUUCCUUGCAAAGCAUCAAUAUUGCCUUUUGCAAGGAUUGAAGUGCCUAACCAGGUCCAUGGGGAGGUUACAAAUCCAGAGGUUGAUGUAUUUGAUCGAGAAAAAGUUUUCAUUGAAACUGUUUUAAGACGUUUGAUUCAGAAAUUUCCACGUGAAGGUUGUGAUGGAAUAUUACAACCACGGAUAUUGUUAGGUUUGUUGAGUCUGCAAUGA